AUGGGUUUAUUCCACGAUCAGAUAUCGAACAUUUCUCUCAUCAUUUCAAUUGUUCCAUUGUUUCUUGUGGUAUUGUUGGCUCUGAUAAGCUUCUAUCGGCUCUAUUUUCACCCGCUUGCUCAUGUCCCAGGUCCGCCUUUCGCCAGCAUAUCAUCUAUAUGUAUAUACGCUAUCUGCUAUCUCGGCGUCGAAGGCCGAGUCCUUAUGUAUUAUCAUACCAAAUACCACACUUCAGUGCUUCGUAUAAGCCCUGAUGCUGUAUCUGUAUCUUGUGGGGAAGCUCUACAUCAGAUCUAUAUUGCAGGAGGCGGGUUGCCCAAAGAUGCGCGAUAUCAGAACUUCCGUGUAGAGGGCCACGACACUAUUUUUUCAACGCUAGAUCAAAAUUACCGCAACCGACGAGCCAAAGCAGUGUUGAGUCUGUUUGCACCAAAUCGGUUGCAAAGCGCUUUUGACAAAGAUGGGGAGAUAGCCUCAUUGGUGCGGAGGUUCAUUGCGCGGAUUGAGGAUGAAAAAACCAAACCAAACCCCAGGACGGAUAUACUUGAUCUUUCCUCCAGGUUAUCAAUCGACAUUUUAACCGCUUACCUUUUUCGGAAGGUAUAUGGAGGAUUGGCCGAACCGGUUCAGUGCAAUUCUUCUGCCAAAGAAGGUGGCAGGACGAAAACUCUUCACUGGGCCAACAAAUUGUCGGCAACUCCAUUCGUACUCGCGAUUGUCGCUUUUGGUCGCUUCUCACUUCUGCCCAAUUGGCUCUUCUCUGCCAUCUUCUCCACUUUGGUCGGGCGCCUGCUUUCAGACGAAGAAGUCAAGUUAUCGAUGCAAAGCGUCUCCCGAUUUACCGACAGCGUCCUAGACGCAGACCAUACCAAUCUCGACACUUAUCAAUCUCGACUACGGAAAGCAGGUGUUUCACGUGAUGAGACACUUAUACAAUGCAAAGCGGUAAUGUUCGCAGGCGCUGAUUCCACAGCAGUGAUGCUGGCAACGAUCCUAUUCCAUCUCGUCCGUCAACCUGAGGUACGUGAAUCACUGCGAGCAGAACUCGCUCAGCACCCUUCCAGUGUAGAUCCUCAGACCCUACCAUAUCUACGAGCAGUAGUCCGCGAAGGGCUCCGACUUGGAAUGGCAAACCCGGUACGCUUGACAAGAAUGGUACCUUUGAACGGCGCCGGUCUCACUAUAAGUGGUUAUCAUCUACCACCAGGCACUAAAGUAGGAGCAGCAGCCUACGUCUUCCACCACAACCCUUCAGUGUUUCCGGAGCCAUUUGCAUUUCGGCCAGAGCGCUGGUUACCGGGAACCAAGGAAACGCAUACCAAUGCGCAAGCACAACGUAUCCAGGACCGAGACACAUUCCCUUUUGGCUUGGGCUCAAGAGCUUGCCUUGGCCGCAAUCUGGCUAAUCAUCAACUUUACAUAGUAGUGAAGGAGGUGGUAAAGAGUGGAGUGCUCGAGGGUGCCAGAACCUGCACUGAUAAAAUCGACAUCAUCGAAUGGUUUAACGCAGAAAUCAAAGGGCAUGAACUGGAGAUUGCUUGGCAAUAA